AUGCGACACGGUACGCUCAAGAACAAGCUGGGAUGUUAUUUCUGCAACGAUAUCGUGGGCCCCAUGAACUCGACCAAGGAUCGAACCCUGGAUCAACAGUGCACCGUGACACGACCCGGCGUGAGUUUCAUGGCGGCGUCGUUCCUGACAGAGCUUUUCGCCACCCUCGUGCAGCAUGAACAGGGGAACGAUGCGCUCCCGGACAACGCCUUCAACGACGACGCGGAUGAGUUGGACAGAAAUGAAAGGGACUCGCCGAAUAAUGUUUUGGGUCUAGCACCCCACCAGAUCAGGAUGUUCCUCAGCAGACUGCACUUCAUGACACCGAACACGCAGCGUUUCUCGAUGUGUACUGCUUGUUUUCCGAAAGUUCUCUCGGAGUACGGGAACUCGGGUUUCGAGUUCCUGCUCCGAGCAUUCAACGAACCAGACUUCCUCGAGGAAUUAACGGGUCUCAAAGAGAUGCAGAGAAUGGUGGAUGACAUGGACGUCUUGGCUCUGGGGGAUAGUGACAACGACUUGUCGCCAUAG